AUGUCAGGGACAACACAUGUGGAAUCGGAGGGAGUCUCCAAAGUUCAAGUAAAACGACAGAUCAAGACAAUCGUGGAGGAUUUAGAAAACAUCUUGGGGGACUUGAAGGAGGUGGCAAAAGAACUCAAAGAGGUUGUCCAUGAAAUCGAUUCUCUAACAUCAGACCUCCAGCUGGAGGAGGAGAUGGCAGACAGCUCUAAGACUGACACCCUGAAUAGUAGCUCCAGCAGUACCACAACCACCACCACAGCCUCCAGCAUAGACAAAAUCAAGGUCUACCCCGAGGACGCCUCAAUCAGACCUCCAGCCAUCAACCCUGGCUUGCUCACAGUCCUGAAAAGACCCCAUCUUCCUCUUCCUCCUCCUCUUCGCCUGAUGUCAUCCAGAUCUGAGGACCACAGUAAAGGUCUGUCCUCAGGGAGCCUAACCAAGGCUAACGGGACAUUCAUGCGCAACGGCGGCUUUCCCACGAAGCCCAUAAAUGUGCCCGGCAGAGACUUGGCUCGUGGGCCUAAAAGCAUGAUGGAGAAGUUGCCACCACCAAUGUCACUCCUGAGGCACGAGAAGAACCGGUGUCCUCAAGUGACACGAGAGCGCGUGAGAUUUAGUGAGACGGUGCAGUAUCACGGCUACUGCCCGGACUGCGACCUGCAGUAUGAUAUGAGCAACACGGAUGUGCACUUACACGCUGAAUUAAUCAGUGCCAAGCUGAGCCCUGUUCACCAGUGCUCCUCCUUGUCCCCGACCCACGUGUUGCUGGAAAAUGGCAGCCUGAGUCUCAGCCAAAGCUUUCCCCCAUCCACUCCACCUUGUGUGCCUCAUCAUCUGACUCAAAAACCACAGAAAACCAUCCUACGCAAGUCCACCACGACAACUGUUUGAGAUAUAAAUCACUGCUAAAGUGACAUUUUAUAAUCUUUAUAUAUUUUUUAUUUAAUGUCAUGAGCACUUUCUACUCCGGUAAAAAUGGAUUAUCUGAAGAUUGAUAAAAAAGAUAGGGCAAGGAAAGAGGAUCAGGGAGAUGUCUGGCUUUUUUCCCUGGAAAUCGAAGUAGAAUGAGUGAAUGGUUCGUUUGCAUGGCAGGAGAGACUUCAUUUAGAGAUAACCUAUGGAUCACCUCAGUCGCAUGAUG